CAGAGGAAAGACAAUGACUAAGCAUCAGGAACAAUCCAUGGAAGUUCCAAUCAAGUACCCAGGCAAGCUCACCCUUAGGGUGGUUCUCACUUGCAUCAUGGCAGCUACUGGUGGCUUGAUUUUUGGUUAUGAUCAUGGUGUUUCAGGUGGAGUAACUUCCAUGGAUUCCUUCCUGAAGCGAUUCUUUCCAUCUGUUUAUCAACAGGAGUCUAACUUAAAGCCUUCUUCAGACCAGUAUUGCAAAUUCAACAGUCAGAUAUUGACACUGUUUACAUCUUCCCUGUAUCUAAGUGCUCUUGUUGCGGGUCUUGGAGCAUCCAGCAUAACCAGAAUACUGGGUAGGCGUGCAACUAUGAUUGUGGGUGGAAUAUUCUUUAUAGUAGGUGCAUUGCUCAAUGGAAUGGCCAUGGGUCUCUGGAUGCUUAUUGUUGGGAGGCUAUUGCUUGGUUUUGGCAUUGGAUGUGCAAAUCAGUCAGUUCCAAUCUAUGUCUCUGAGAUGGCUCCUUAUAAAUACCGGGGAGCUCUAAAUAUGUGCUUCCAAAUGUCAAUCACUAUAGGCAUCUUUGUAGCCAAUCUCUUCAACUACUACUUUGCCAAGAUACUGAAUGGUCAGGGAUGGCGCUUAAGCUUGGGGCUUGGUGCAGUCCCUGCUGUUAUUUUUGUUAUAGGCUCAAUUUGUCUUCCUGACUCACCAAACUCCCUUGUUGCGCGUGGCCGUCAUGAGGAUGCCAGAAAUGAGCUUGUGAAAAUUCGUGGUACAACUGAUGUUGAUGCAGAGUUUAGAGAUAUGCUUACUGCUAGUGAAGCCUCGGAAAAAGUAGAACAACCUUGGAAAACCUUGAUGGAGAGAAAGUAUAGGCCCCAGCUUGUUUUUGCCAUAUGCAUUCCCUUCUUCCAGCAAUUCACUGGCUUGAAUGUGAUCACAUUCUAUGCUCCUAUUUUAUUCAGAACAAUUGGUUUUGGAAGCACAGCUUCUCUCAUGUCUGCAGUGAUCAUUGGCAGCUUUAAACCCGUUUCAACCUUGGUUGCAAUUCUUAUUGUAGAUAAAUUUGGAAGACGCACCCUUUUCCUUGAGGGCGGUGUUCAAAUGUUGAUUUGCCAGAUUAUCAUGACUAUCGCUAUUGCUGUUGCAUUUGGCACAAGUGGAAACCCUGGUACACUGCCUAAGUGGUAUGCAAUUGUAGUUGUAGGUGUCAUCUGUGUAUAUGUUUCGGGUUACGCUUGGUCUUGGGGUCCUCUAGGGUGGUUGGUACCAAGUGAAAUAUUUCCUCUGGAGAUUAGACCUGCUGCUCAGAGUGUCACAGUUGCUGUCAAUAUGAUCAGCACUUUCUUCAUAGCUCAAUUCUUCACUUCAAUGCUCUGUCACAUGAAGUUCGGUUUGUUCAUCUUUUUUGGGUGCUUUGUGGUGAUCAUGACCUUAUUCAUCUACAAGUUUUUGCCAGAGACAAAGGGUGUGCCACUUGAGGAAAUGUCUACGGUCUGGCAGAAACACCCCUUCUGGGGCAAAUUUUUGGAGUCUGACAGCAGGAUCCAAAUGGACAAGGUAGACCCCAAAUGUUAAUUGUGAGUUUUGUGUUGUUUCAGUCUUAGAUUUAUGCAAGUUUGGUUUAACUUGAAAGUUUCUUGGUCUAGCUUUGUGGUGAUGCUGUAAUUACAAAACAUUUAAGUUGGAAUUUCAUGCGUUGUAUACUGCAAAUCCAAUUAGCAACUUGAUUAGAUAUAGAAUUAUAAUCAAGUUACACGCAGGAUCAAGCCCUAGUGGGCUUGUAUCAUUUAC